AUGGUCUCUGAUAUACUUCAAACUUUAGAGCUUUUGGGAGCUUUACCACUUGAUGUAGUUAAUUCUGUGGUUUUUACGCUUCUUCACGCAACUUCAACACAUCCACAAGCAUCUAAAUAUUCUUUUGACGCAAUUUCUUCAUUAGUUCGAGAAAACAAAAAUAUUAAUAGUGAUAAUUUUAAUGAAUGCGUCGAACUGCUGGCCGAAUUUGCAUCUGCUGCAUCAUCUGCAUUAGAACAGGAUUCACCUCACGAGUCUUAUAUGCGAACACCAAGAACUCGUAUAUCCAAAAC